AUGAGCACAAACUACCUUCGAUCCUUCAUAGAAAGUGUGUCUGAUGUGCCUGCAGAACUGGAGCGAUGGUUCCGGGGCAUGCGGGAGCUGGACGAGCGGGCCCAUGGCCUCCAGGUUCAGCUGGAGGCGGACUGCCAGCAGCAGCUGAGGCUGGCCGCCGAGCAACAGCAGCAUGGGAACAAGCGAGCCAAGGGCGCUGGCGACAUGGACGCUGGGCCCACACCUCCCUCUCAGCCCGGCAACGAGCCAGUUGAUCUAGACCAGCGCAUCGAGGACACAACAGCAGAGUUACUGAAGCUGUCGGCUGAGAAGACAAAUGCAGCGCAACAGAUAUAUGACUACGUGGAUCAACACAUCCGCAAGCUUGACAAGGACCUGAAGACAUUUGAUGCAGGUCUCCCCAUGUGA